AUGAGCUCUAAAUGCACAUUCUUGUUCCAAUAUUUCAACGAAAGACAUAUUUUACUAAAGGACGAGUGGUUGAACUCAGUUAUCGACUUUUUACACCAAAAACUGCCGAGUUCCAGGGGUUUUAGCGACGAAAAGUUUGCGAAUCUCGUCCUAGACCAAUGGACAUGCUCUCACAUCGAAAAUACCUCAUUUCCAGUGUUUGGAAAUCACGGAAUCGAUGCCAACCUGGCGAAACAACGUCUUCAGGGUCCCAUCAUUAAUGGAUUUAUCGACACGGGAAGUCCGUAUUAUCAACAAUAUUGUAAUUUGAGCGGUCGGAAUGGGAAGAAAGAGGAUAAUUCGGGGUUUGAGAGGGUGUUUCACGAGAAGGAAGAUGAUUCCGAUCAAGUAGGGCGACCUUCCACCUCCCGUGCUCCGGAGCCGCGAGAAAUAUCACCGGAUGUUAUGGCAUAUACGGAUAAUGAUGAGGAGGAAAAUGUACCGGAGAGCGAUAUGGAUAGUGAUUUUGACUACGAAAAUCGUAAAUCGUCUCCCCGAAAAUCUCCACGAAAAUCAUCGGACGCCGUUCUCGUCUCCUCACUUAUACGACAGAUUCAAGAUAGUGACGAUGAGAAUUUCGAGACGUCUAGAAGACGAAUACCACGGAUGAAAUCACCGCCGAAGAAGAGGAAUUCAUGGACAACAACACCGGAUAUUCCCAAAACUCCGCCAACUCCUUUCAAUUUCAGUCAAUUCCAGACGCGUCGUUCCUCGUGUCUCCUCACCUCCCGUCGUGUUGAUCCAAUGGAUGAAAUACUGGAAAAUAUGAUUGAAAAGGGGGAGGAGCCUAUUUCUUAUGACAAGAAAUCGUCACCGAUCAUCAACCCAUUCCGUGUGAAAUCACAACCGCCACCGGCGAAAAAAGUGAAGAUGGAAGUGGAGAGUGAUGAUGAUGAUAUACAGAUCAUUGAGCUCGUCACACCACCGGCUCCGAUAGUGAAAAUUGAGCGAAAAUCGUCGAUUUUGGCGGAAAAAAUCGAUAAAAAUGAGGAGAAAGAGGAAUAUUCGCCAGAAGAACGCGCGGCCCUCAAAGCAUUCAGUGCUCUAAAACUGAGUUCUCUGACUGAAAGUAUAAAGAAAAUGAAGUAUUCGAUUGGAUCGAAACGAUUCCUUCUCCUCGCUUUCAUUGUUGAAUUCGUCGAACCGUUGAGAGUUAUCGAUGGGCUAUGGACAAUGAAAGUACAGUUGAGAGAUGAUUCUGGAGAGACGGAGGCGUUAAUUGAUAAUCGAACAUUGGAGAGACUAAUUGGAUAUACGUGUGAAGAGGCAAUGGCUGUCCGAAAAUCGAGUGAUUUGGAGAAACGAAAAGACGGAAAGAGGCGAUUGGAGGCGUUGGAGCAGCAAUUGGAACGGUUGGACUUGAUAUUUGAGAUCGAAUUCUUCGCCGGAACCACAGUCUCGUGUCCCGUGAUUCGAUCGAUGAAGACGUUGGCGGAACAAAUUGAUGUUUAUUGA